GUUGUGUAGGGUGCGAAAUGAGAGGAAGUGUGAAUGGGUUGUGUCUGGUUGUGCACCAGUAAACGGUGUUGGAAGUAAGUUUGUUGUCCGCGCGCUGUAGCUGAAGCCCUGUAGUGUAGGGGAACACCGAACGCAGCUGCCUGAGAUAGCGGGUGAGGAUCCCUGGGCGGCGAGUCGCGCCCUUCACACUGCCAGCGAUGGACAGUACCGAUGGCGAGCCCAGAAGCCAGGAGACAAAUGAGCAGCAUGGUGAAGAUGAGGAAUCUCAAUCUCAAUCUCAGACCGCUGAUGGGAGCGCGAGCAGGAUAGUGGAUGACUCCUUACAACUACCUGAACCGGGCUCACCUUCUCAAGGCCGAAGAAAAAGCCUCAAGGACGCCGCCAACAUUCUCAAACGAGAAGCUCUCAAACAGUUCCUGCAGGAAAAUGAGGUGGCCGAUCCCGACAGUGCGGACGGCAUCGCGGUUGGGUCAGAGGUCGCUCCAGAGCUCAGCAACGAGGAUGAGCGAUCGGAACGGACUGAUGCCGAAGAGCCGCAGGGUGACGGCACUGCAGCUCAAGAUAACAGCGUGGGCACGGACGAUAAUGCAGCUGCUGCCGGCGACGCAGCAGUGACGGAACCACCGCAAUCUGCGGAGACCACUGGCGACAUCGAUACGACUCUGGCUGUCGGAGGGUCGGAAGUGGUGGAAAAGACAGGUUCCGCUGAAUCUGGUGAAGGUCAGAAAAGUGACGUUGAUGCUCGUGGCACAAGUACCGCGGCUUCUGCACCUGCUGUGCCUGACAAGAAACCAGCUGUGGAUGCUGAUGACGAGUCGGACAGCGACAUGGAGGGACCGCCAAAACACAAACUGACCGACGACUUUUUCUACGAGGAGCCACCGACGAUGUCGACGGCGACGGUGUCCGAGUCUGCUCCAGUUGAUCUGGUGCAACUCCACCACUCAUUCGGCUUUGAGUGCACGAAGCGCUCCAACCUGCAGGCACUGGACAAGGACACGGUCGUGUUUGUGUCGGGCAACGUCGUCGAGAUCUUCAACGUGCACACCCACCAGCAGACCUACAUACGCAGCUCCACUGGCCGUGGUAUCGGUGCCAUUGCGGUUCACCCAUCACACAAGUACUUCGCCGUGGCCGAGAAGGGAGACUGUCCGCCGAUCAACAUCUACCAGUGGCCGUCGCUGAAGCUGUUCCGGAUCCUACGCAACGGCACGGUGGCUGCCUACGCACACGUGACCUUCUCGCCGAUGACGGUGGUGAAUGAGGAGACUGAGGACGGGGAGAACGAGAGCGGCGGUGGCGGUGGUGGCGACAAGCUGGCAUCGGUGGGUUCAGCGCCGGAUUACAUGCUGACCGUGUGGGACUGGAAAACGGAGAGCGUGAUCCUGCGCUGCAAGGCGUUCGCGCAGGAGGUGUACCGCGUCUCGUUCGCCACCGAAAUCGAAGGCCAGCUGACGACCAGUGGCAUGGGUCAUAUUCGAUUCUGGAAGAUGGCUAAGACCUUCACUGGCUUGAAACUUCAGGGUGAAAUUGGCCGAUUCGGAAGAACAGAGAUCAGUGACAUUUGUGGUUAUGUUGAGCUUCCGGAUGGCAAGGUUGUGUCAGGCACUGAGUGGGGUAAUAUGCUACUGUGGGAUGGAGGACUCAUUAAGGUGGAGAUAUCCAUGAAAGGAAAGAAGUCGUGUCACCAGGGUAUGAUCGAGGAGAUCUUCCUGGAGGAAGGAGAGCUGAUAUCUGCUGCACACGAUGGCUUUGUGCGGCUGUGGGACUUCGAGACGAUUGAUACAGCAGACUUUGGCGAGGACAAUGCCCUCUUUGAGGUUGAGCCGAUAGCGGAGAUCAAGGUUGGCCAAGAUGUCAGGCUGAAGACGCUGUCAAAGAUCGGUGAUCCGGAAUUCCCCACCACCUGGUUUGCACAGGAUGCAGCCGGGGCUCUGUGGAAGCUUGACAUCUCCACACUGCACACGAGGAAGGCACCAGAGCGCCUUGCCACGUUCCACUCUGGUUCAGUGAACGGCGUGGAUGUGUGCCCGGCAGCGCAUUUUACAUGCAGCACCUCCUCGGACGGAUGUGUUCGCAUUCAAAACUAUGCCACUAAGUUACUGGUCUGCUCUGAAAAGAUGUCAUCAGGCGGAACGGCAAUAAUGUGGGCACCAGUGGAGGUGGAUGAAAAGCUCACCACCGUGCUGCUGGGGUGCAGUGAUGGAGUGGUGCGAGUCAUGGUGGCGACUAAGAAGUCCGACGCUCAAAUCCAGUGGACCAGUCAAACACUUGCUUUGCACUGUGAGGAAGCACUUCAAGAGCGUGCCUUACCACCGCUGGCCACUAAGAAUCUGGACGUCCAGCUCACUCUGAAGCAGGCUCUCAAGCCGCACACUAAGCCCGUGACAAAGAUGGUGUUCAACACCGACAGGACACUGCUUGCGACCGGGAGUGAAGACUGCACCGUGUUCCUCUUCCUUGUGGACAAUGGCUUCCAUGCCGUCGGCUAUGUUGAGAUGGAGUCAUCCGUGGCCAGCCUGCAAUGGAAGCUAACGGCCAAAGAUGUCUUGCUCGUUUGCUGUGUGGAUGGCGGGUGUGCGGAGUUCGUAGCUCCCAAGACGCCCGCUCCUGAAGCCGUCGAGAGUUUCUGCUUGGCAGAAGUGGAGACGAAGAAGUUCACCUUCACCAGCGUAAAGCAACGUCUUCGUAAAGAGGAGGAGGAUGCACGGCUAGCAGCUGAAGAAGAGGAAAAGCGCAAAGCAAGAGAAGCUGCCAAAGGUGACGAGGAUGAAGAAGAGGAAGAAGGCGAGGAUGGUGGAAAAGAGAAAGACAAAAAAGGAGAUGGCAAGGAUAUCUCAGAUGCGGACAAAAAGGACGACGAGAAGGAAGAAGCUGGCCAGGAAGAAGAGGAAGAGGUGGAGGAAGUUGACAUGUCACAAGGCAAAGUGUUGUUUGGCUGCUAUGCCAAUUGUGUGGACUCUCCGGACACGUUCAUCCUAUCUGUGGGUGGUUAUGAUGCUGGCUACCUGUAUCAUUGUCAAUUCGCAAGUGAUGGCCAGGAACCUGACACCACGCCAUUCUCGGCGUCAGCAGUGCCACAGCUAGAGGAGAAGAAAGACACAGCGCUCACUACUGGUUACUUCAGUGGACGGUACUUCUUUGCUGGCACUGGCGAUGGAAACAUCCGGGUCUACGAGACGUCCGUCGGAACCGGUGACAAGCUCCAGCUUUGCUUCGACAGCACAUGGAGCCUGGCAAUGCAUGAUGUGGCUGCCACCGUGCACCAAUUCAGCAUCAGUUUUGAUGGGGACUAUCUGCUGUCAACCGGUUCAGACAGCAAUUUCUUUGUUUAUCGUUUCGGCGGAGACAAGAGCCGGCUGGAGGAGAGAAUCGCUAGGGCUGCCAUGCUAGAGGCAGCUCGCGAGCAAGCAGCCAAGGCUGCACUUGGUGCUUUGGAGGAUGACAUCUCGAGUGUCCGAGACAUUGAAGAUCCAACCGCUUACAGUAUUGAAGAAGCCAAACAGAAAGCAGAGCAUGACAGGCGAGUGCGCCUGGCCGAGAAGAAGAAGCUGGAAACUCGCCGUGGCGUUGAGCUGCUGCGGCGAGAGUUCCGCCAGCUGUACAGCCGCAACGAAGCCCUGCCAUCUCACAUGGCUAUCAGCAAGCUGGACUUUCAGAUGGACCCGCUCAUACAGAAAGAAGUGGAACGCACUGUUGAACAAAAGAUCGAGCAAAUACAUGACGAGUUCGCUUGGGAGACGGAGAAAACGGAGAAGCAGCUUCAAAAGCUUCGCGACAAGUUUAAGACAAACGUGGAAACAGAGCACAUGCUUCUCCGCACGUUUGACAAGAAAACCGAGGUGUCCACUUAUCGUCUUGUACGACCUCUGGACGAGAUCAUAGCACUGGCUGAAUCAACCAGUGCCACUAUCACAACAGCCGAGCCGGAGACACCAAGGGGAGGUAAAGCAGCAGGACUGGAAAGAUCAACCACCUCAAAGCAACUCCCCGGCGCCGGUGCCAAGGGUGGUGGCACCGCAGCAAUGGCCCGGCAGGCCAGCAUCGCCAGAAAGAUGUCUGAAGCGGUUGGAAAGGACGGUUCAGCUGCUAGGCCCGACCUGGGUGCCAGGCGGGUAGGCAGGGGCUCUGUGUCAGAGCAGGAUGAAGCCGCUUCGUCUGUGAGUGGUUCUGGCACCAAGAUGGGAUCAUCUAGUUCAAUUAGUCUUGACAAGGCACUGCAGGAGGCUGAGCAGAGGAAGGCUGAAAGACUGGCCAGGCAGCAAAAGUGGGCGGCUUUGAAUGCAUCAAAACCAGAUGAGCACUACCAGGACCCCGAUGAUGUCCGAAUGAUCAAUGACGCCAAGGCAAACAUGGGCGACUUCAAACUGAAGACGGCAAGUGAUUAUGUGGUAUCGGAAGAGCAGCGUGUCAAUGCACACAAGAAACAGCAGCAGCUGGCUCAGACCGAACUGCUCAUCUACCAGUACAAGAAGGAGUUCAACCAAAUGCUGCUCGAGCUGCGCAGCGUCAAGCAGAAGCUGAUCGACAAAGCAUCGUCCUCCACCAGUCAUUUAACUGCUUUGCAAAGCCAGCUGCCCAGUGAGCUUCGAGUAGACUUGCCGACACCACCCAACAUGGACGAAGAUGAGACACCAGAGAAAAAACUUGAGGUCAGCAAGGAAGAACUUCUGGAAUUCAAAGCAACUCAGGCGGCGAGAGAUGCAGCGAAAAAGGCUGCUGCUGAUGCCGACGGAGGUGGCUUUGGUGGCUUUGGUGGGUUCGGAGGUGGGGGUGCUGGUAGUGGUGGUGGUGAUGAUGAGGCAGGAGAGGCAGGCGAUGGUGCGGCCAAAGACACGACUGAGGAUGGCCAAGCUGCUGAAAAUGAGCCGGAUGAAGAUAGGGAUGGAGAUGAAGCACACGCACAGGGUUCUUCUGAUAGUGUCGAUGGUGACGUACAGGGUCUCAUGGCAGACGAGGCCGCUUCAAAGCCGGACCAAGCAGAAGCGGAUGAAUUUUCAUCUCUGUCCCAGUUACAGCUGGAAGAGAUGGAAGAGCAGAAUAUGAGGAUCGUCGAGGAACGCGACGUGGCCGUGAGAGAUUUGACCGACUCGUACCGGGUGUUUGAUCGAGAUGUUGGCACCCUGCAGCAUCGCAAGCUGCACCUGGACAACUGCAUCAAACAGGCUGAGCUCGGUUACAUCAUCACCUAUGAGGAAUUCCAGCUGCUGAAGGACUUUGAGACAAGAGAGCACGCACUGACGCAGAAGCUGGACACGCGUACACAAGAAAACCUGGAUAUGCAGGAAAAGGUAUCAGAUGUGGAGAUGCGCUAUCUGGAGAAGAAAGAUCGUGUUGAAGACCUCCUAGACGACGAGAAGCAGUUCUUGGAGCAGUUCCAGGACCUGGUGCCCGAUAGCAACAAGCACUACGAGCACAUGCUGAAAGUCUUCAAGAAGAAGCUGAAGCGUGAUCAGGAAAAGAAGAUCAAGGACGGAGCAGAGGAUGAUGACCUGGACGAGGAUGACGACGAAGACGACGAGGACACUGACGAUGAUGACGAACUGGACGAAGACGAGGAGGAAAUUGACGACACGGUCUGCCCGCCUGGCUUUGCACAGGAAACAUUUGAGGCCAUCUACAGCCUUCGUCUGGAUCGUGCUGCCGUAGAAGAGGCCAUCGUGGAGGAGAAGAAGCAAUCCGAGGUGCUGCGUAAGGAGCUGGAAACACUCAAGAAGAAGGCAAAGAUCACAGAAGGCCAAGUCAAAACGUCCAAAGCAGAUAUCGACGCCUUUCAGAGAGAGAAGCAGGCCAAGAUUAAUGAGCUGAACACAGUGGUUGUGCUGGACAUGGAUCAGAUCAAGUAUGGAAUCUAUCGCACUACAAGCGGUGCGUUUACCAUCCAGUCGGACCUGAGCGGGGCGGUCGUAUUCCCGAAGGAAGGACUGCCGCGGCUCAAGUCCCAGAUUGAGGAGCUGCAGCGAGAGCGUGUAAACCUGCGUAAUCAGCAAAAGGAGAAUCGUGUGUAUCAGAAGAAGCUAGCACGUGAGAAGACUGCCAUGCUGGAAAGACUCGACAGCCUGGAAAGCCAACUGGACCGUUUGAUGGUGCUAAAAUUCGGCCGAGUGGUGGACCUGGACAAGUUGGAAACAGCCAUGGUCAGCAAGAACGUCGAGGAACUAAAGGAGAAGCUGGACAUAGUGCGCAAGAAGAACCACUCUGAAGUUCUCACCCUACAGAAUGCUAUAAGCCAGGCAGAGGAUGAGCUGACACUGGUCAUUCGUGAGAACACGCGUAAGAUUGGCUACAUUCGACAGCUGUGCGCCAAGGAGAGGGAGCUUGGCAAGAAACUGGAAGAGCGAUGUGCUCGGGACGCUAUGGGACCAAAGUCGACGGACAGAAGUGAAGCAAUGAAAGAAGAGCAACGCCUGAACGAUCUGAUGGGCAUCCAGCGUGAUGAGAUCCAGGGCCUCCGCGACGAGAUAUCCAUGUUGCAAAGGAAGGGAGCCAUCGUGCACGCGCCGCAUGACCAGAUGCCACGGCGUCCUGUUCCGCUGAGCAAGCGCCCUCGACUGCAGCAGCCUCCGCUCUUGAGAGAGGUCUAGACUGCAGCUCAUGAGAGUAACACACGCUCGUGUUCACUGCAGCACUGUGAAACAUUCUCUCUCUUGAGGGAAGUCUGGACGGUCGUCAAGUGUCGUUAGCUGACUGCCGUCUUCUGUGCAGCACGUCACGAUACCUAAGCGUCAUCUUAGUGGAGUCCUAUAAAGCGGAUCAUCCAUGCACCAGUCGAACAAUGCGGAGUCGAGAAUUUUGAAAAAUCCAAGCUACACCAAGUCGCUCGGAGAUGCUUUCCCCCCCCCCCCUCUCUCUCUCUCUCUCUCUCUCUCUCUCUCUCACACUAUCUCUCUCUCUCUCUCUCUCUCUCUCUCUCUUUCUUUCUUCCUCUGUUCCGAGAACCAGGUAUGUACCUGCACUGAAAUCUGGUAGGGCACAACCACUCUGCCAGCUCAUCCAUCUUAGUAUGUUCUCCUUCAUCGAAGGCACACCGAAUCUCUAUCAGGUGAACUACUUUGGAAUAGACACUGCAUCCUGAACCAAACAAUGACUGUAAUGGUUCCUGUGGGGACUGUGUCCAUUGCAUACUGAUUAUUGCAGCCAUUAUAACACAGGCCACCGAGUUGUUGAAAUAUGGUGCUGUAUUUUCUUGAUGUCCUUUUUAGCAAACCCAAACACACCCACACAGACAAGUAUGCACACAUAUGAUGCACUUGUACACACACACACACACACACACACACACACGCACACACACGCACACACACGCACACACGCGCACACACGCGCACACACACACACACACACACACACACACACACACACACACACACCCCGGGUGCACCACAUCCACAUGUACGUGUUUUCGAUCAUGACCCAGUUUUAUGUAUACUGCUUGCUGAUCGGGGACAUGGCUCCCAUAAGUUAUAACUACUGCUACUGGGGCGCUCAUGGGCAUCAAUUUACCACAUUGUUACGGCUUCUACUAGCACAGCUUCAGAGUCAUGUUUGGUAAAGAUAAUGAAAUUUUACUGGUUUUAGAUGUGCCCGUCCCCUGUGCAUUUUCACAGCUGCUUUUUUUGUAUGUGGCCACGUUUUGCCAGUAUUUAAAAAAUGCUUUUGAAA